CUGCCUGUAGCCAGACUUGAGGAGAGACACAGAGCCCUGAGGAGAGAGAAAGAGAGAGAGAGUGUGUGUGUUGUGCUGAUCACAGAGGCUGCAGCCCCCAGCCUUCCCUCUGCUGCUGCUACAGUACGUGUGAAAGGCGGAGAGGGAGAGGCAGCGGAGGCAGAGCUGGUGUUUGUCUCUGAGACUCGGAGGGAAGAGGAGAGCGCUGUGAGCUGUGCGGUGCAGAGCAGAGACAGUCGGUCCUCUGAUAUGUGUCCAGUGUGAGCGACUCAGUCCAGUCCCCUGCGCACCUCUGCCGCUGUCUGAUCAGCAGGACUCUGACCACCGGCCACACAAACAGGAAUACCUGUAUCCACUGAAGCGGUCUGUGUAGAGGAGCAUGUUGUGACAGCCAUGUCUCUGGAGAUGGAGAAGACCAUCACCAAGCUGAUGUACGACUUCCAGAGGAACUCCACCUCUGAUGAUGACUCUGGAUGUGCACUGGAAGAAUAUGCCUGGGUUCCCCCCGGCCUCAGUCCUGAGCAGGUCCAUCAGUAUUAUAACUCCUUACCAGAAGAGAAGGUCCCUUACAUCAACAGCCCUGGAGAGAAAUAUCGCAUCAAACAACUGCUUCACCAGUUGCCACCACAUGACAACGAGGUGCGUUACUGUAACUCACUGGACGAGGAAGAGAAGCGAGAGCUGAAGCUCUUCAGCAACCAACGGAAGAAGGACAACUUGGGCAGAGGAAGCGUGCGUCCGUUCCCUCUCACCAUCACCGGGGCAAUCUGCGACAAGUGUGGUGGUCAGAUAAAUGGAGGGGACAUUGUGGUUUUUGCUGCGAGGGCCGGUCAUGGAAAAUGCUGGCACCCUCAUUGCUUUGUCUGCAGCAUGUGUGAGGAACUGUUGGUGGAUCUCAUCUACUUCUACCAGGAUGGCAAAAUCCUCUGUGGCCGGCACCAUGCCGAGAGGCUGAAACCCCGCUGCUGCGCCUGUGAUGAGAUAAUCUUUGCUGAUGAAUGCACUGAGGCAGAGGGCAGGCACUGGCACAUGAAGCACUUCUGCUGCUACGAGUGUGAGACCACCCUCGGCGGCCAGCGCUACAUCAUGAAGGACGGAAGGCCACACUGCUGCAACUGCUUCGAGUCCCUUUACGCAGAGUACUGUGACGCCUGUGGAGAGCACAUAGGUAUUGAUCAAGGCCAGAUGACAUAUGAUGGGCAGCACUGGCAUGCAACUGAGGAGUGUUUUUGCUGCGCCCGUUGCAAGCGCUCCCUGCUGGGCCGCCCUUUCCUGCCAAAGCAGGGGCAGAUAUUUUGCUCACGGUCCUGCAGCGCUGGACAGGAUCCAGAUGAAUCCGACUCCUCAGACUCAGCCUUCCAAAGUGCCCGUUCCCGUGAAUCCCGUCACAGCACCAAGAUUGGCAAAAAGGAGCGCAGGAAUGCUGAGCAGGAGCGGCGGAGUUCUGAGGGCCGCCAGUCAGCUCCUCCACCCAUGCCCGACCGUCUGUCUGCUGAAAUCGAUCCCCUCUCUGUUCAGAUGGACCGCUUAAGCCUCUCAUCUAGCCAGACCCCAAGCAGGACGCCAAACCGCACGCCCAGCCGCACUCCGAGCCGUGCCCCGAGCCUUAACCAGGUGUGGAUGAGCCGGGAUGACCCCUACGUCCCUGCUGCCUAUGAGGGCCCCCAGAGGGAGCCCUCCCCCACACCAGCACCCAUACAUUUGCUGGGUCAGUGUAACCCGAGGCAGGGCUACAACCCCAACGCAAACGCUCAGACUGCUGCCAACGGAGGGAAGAGGCCUGAUUCCUGGGGGAAGGAACAAGGCAACGCCAAGAGGACCCCUAUGGCUGCUCUGAGGGGCCACUCCUUUAAUGAAAACUGGACCCACCACAGCCAGGAUGAGUUCAGGCCCAACAAGCUACGCACCCAGAUGAGCUUCAAUGAGAUGUCUAGCCAGAACCAGGGCUUCUCCGACAAGAGGAGCAUCAGCCUGCACGGAUUCCAGAGAGACAGCAGACCCCCGCUGACCAGGAGGAAUCCCAUCAAUGCCAUGAGCUUCAAUGAGCCCCUCACUCCUCUAGAGCAGACUCCUCGUGGAUCCAUGGACUCCCUCACUAUGUCCAAUGCGACAGCAGGCAACUCUCUGGAUGGGGUCACUAAGCGUCAGGAGCAUUUGUCCAGGUUCUCCAUGCCUGACCUGAGCAAGGACUCGGGCGUGAAUGUGUCUGAAAAGAGCAACAUGGGCACCCUCAGCUCCUCAGUCCAGUUUCACAGCACAGAGUCGCUGUCCUCUUCUCGCCCCUACAACAAUAACAUGUACACUCCACUGAGAGUUGGCUACCCUCUGCAGUACUGGGAUGGCCCGCAGCCGCUGGGCUUCGACAGCAAAGGUCGCGUCGGGGUGAUGGGCAGCAGUGGAAACCUGCGGAUGGCUCCUAUGAGCGACAGAAUGCCCCGCCGACGCAUCAGCGCGCAGGAAUCCGUGUCACAGCAACAGCAGCCACAACCAAGACGCCGCAAACACCACCGUGGGAACCAUGGUAAUGGCCAGCACCGCAGUGGGCGCCACCACAAACGCUCUCGCCGCUCCCGCUCUGACAAUGCCCUGCACCUGGUGGCGGACCGGCCUGCUCAAUUGGUAGAGCUACCCUACCGCCGCGUCCAGGAGGAUUAUGAUCGCUUCCCCUCUGGUAGCGCUAAUCGGGAGUUGUUUGGUCUGGAUCCUGGUGGUUACAGACAGCAGCCCCACCGGCCCUGCCCCCGCACCACCUCUGAUCUCACCCUGCAGAAUGCUGGCUGGCAACCUGUGGGGCUGGGUGGGCCAUGCUGGGGCGAUGGCUACAUGGAGGCUGCUGACCCCUGGUGCUCCAGCUGCUCCUCUUCCUCCGAGUCCGAGGGAGACGAGGGCUAUUUCCUGGGUGAACCCAUCCCUCGGCCCGUGCAGCUUUGCUACAUCAACAACGAGGAGCUGCGCCAUCGCUACAGCCCCUCUGGGAUAGCUGGCCAUCAUGGACCUCUGCACGGACCGAUUCAUGGCCAGCUGCACACCCGCCAGAGGAGGAAGAGCAAAAACUGCAUAAUUUCUUAGAUAUAGAGCAAAGAGAUGGUUAGGGAUGAGCAGGGGAGUGAAAGAGAUGAGAGAAAGAGAGGUAAGGAGACGGUUAAAGCAACAGAGAGGUGGAACAGAGGGAGUGGGAAGGUGAGAGUGAGACAGAUGACAGCGAGAGUGAAAAGUGUGUACGUGUAUGUGUGUGUAUAUGUGAGUGUGUGUUGGGGUUGAACAGAGAAAAGGCCUAUUUUCUGUGCUUGUGAGCUUACACAACUCUACACCGGGUAGUGUUUGUGUACACCUACACAGAAUGAUCUAAUCAUAAGAGGAAGCUCAGCUGGCUUACACAACAGAAAUGUUUACAAUGAUGGAGAUCAACUCCUGAUGGUACCAGGAUGCACUGAUGAAUUUGACUACUAAAUAUACCGUGGUCAAGCCAGCUCUCCAUGCUUUACCAAGGACAGAGCGCCGGCCCGGACAGCCUCUGCUCCUUGACCAUUCAGGCACAGUAACGUCAGUUCCAUCAGGUGUCCCAGUGAGCCAGCGUGCACAAUACCAGGACCCUGGAACCGUCUCAUCUAUAUGGAAUGCAGCCGUUUUUAAUUUGAUCAAUUAUACCUGCUGCUUUUCCAACCACGACGUGCCAGAAUGUCUGCUGUGAAAAUGGUCUAUUGUACAGCACAAUUCAAUGCUCAAGGGAAAUUGAGAGGCUGCUCACAGGUGCAAAAAAAAAAAAAAAGCAAUAGCCACAAAGUGCAGCUGAGGCUGAUGGGAAUGUCAUUAAUUUUGCAGGUUUUUGGUUAUAAACCCCAAAGUAAUUUGACCCAGUGAUGGAGCUAGGAGAAUAAUAAGGAGAUAACCAAAGUUAUUUGGAUACAUCCCCAAGGAAGCAUGGAAAUCUGAACCAAAUUUCAUGACAAUCCAUCCAAUAGUUGUUGAGAUAUUUCAGUCUGGACCAAAGUAGUGGACUGUGUCAUUAGCAUGACUAAAAAUAUGUAUUAAACCUUUGAAAAACA